AUGUCGCGACAACAGGCAAGCGACCAUUUCCUGCUCCCUAUCGGCCGUGAUAAGAUCCUGCGUACCAUUCAGUACUUCAGCCGAUUUUAUGCCUGGUAUCUUUAUCGAACCAACAACCCGACGAGUACCAUCCUGCCAUGGGUGACCCUCAAGAAUCAAUUCGGCUUGACACGGAAGAUCCUACGCGUGGGCAAGUUCGUCGAACAUCUGCGUGCCGCCUCGGAGAUCUAUGAUGCUGCGGUCAAAUCAGGCAAUGGGGACAAGAUCACGCAGUACCUUCAAACCCUCCGCCAAAUUGGCUAUGCGGGCUACCUGUUCCUCGAUACGUUGACCGUCUUGGACGCAAUCGGGGUCAAGAAGCACCCCAAAGCCAAGAGCAUUCAAACCAGUGCCUAUCGCUUCUGGUUGACCGGCUUGGUGGCCAGCGCGCUCGCUGGAUUCUACAACACCUACAAGUUGAGACAACGAGCAAAGACUGUGGAUGAGAAGGAUGCAGAAGCAAAGGUAGAAAAGGUCAAGAUUGCAAGACAACAACAUGCCGUGAAUAUCCAAUUGGUCUCUGACCUCUGUGAUCUGACUGUGCCCAGCACAAUUCUAGGAUAUGCCAGCUUCGACGACGGCAUCGUUGGCUUGGCUGGCACAGUCAGCAGCUUGCUUGGUGUGUAUGGUACGUGGCAGAAGACUGCUUGA